AUUCAACGCGCGGUCUGAGCAGAUUUGUAAAGAAAAAAAAACACAACCACACACGCACGGGCUCACCUCCUCUCCCUCUCGCCCAUGAAGUCGCCGCCGCCGCCGCCGCCCACGCCGGCCGCUUUCGGCGAGCUCCAGCGCCGCACAGCACGCCCCCGAGCCCCCCCAAGCUCCGCGCCUCCCUCCCCUCCGUCCAGAUUCUCCGCUCCCGGCCUCUACUGCCCGCUCGCAACCACACCCCCGUGGCUAGGGUUUCGGGCAGUGCUUCGCCGGCCCGUCUCCGGCGGCCCCAGAUGCAGAUGGAGCACGCCAUGGGAUUUCCCCAUCCACCACGCUCGCUGCCGUCAAGGGCAGGAAGGAACCCUAGCCAGCAGCACCUCCUCACCUCGGAUGAUGCCUCUGCUGCACCAAGAUAGGUUAUUUGGUUCAUCGUCGCGCCUCAAGUUUCCAACAGCGCCGUGGCUGUACACCGUCGACUUCGCCGGAAAUCCUUCUGCACAUACUCUACUGUCCGCCGAAACUUUGUCUGACCUGAGUUAUUUGGCUCAUCUUCACGCCUCAAGUUUCCGACAGCGCCGUGGCUGUACACCGCCGACUUCGCCGGAAAUCUGUCUGCACAUACUCUACUAUCCGCCGAAACUUCGUCUGACCUGAGCUGAUGGGGAUGAGAUGUGACCCCGCUGCUGGGCGUCGCAAAUGCCACUGCUCCAAUGUGUGCCCCAGCUUCGGUGAUGUACGGGCGAGGCAACACGAUUUGGGGCAGUGACCCUCCUUCCAAGAAAUCAAGUUUUUUCGUUCAGAUUUUAGAGCUCGAGUUUCAGCUUAGUUCAAGGAUAGAAAAGCAUAGUCCUUAUGGAUUCAACAAGGAAGACCAUUAGCCGCCACCUUUUCAGAAUUGGAUGGUGUGGUGCACCUUCAUCCUGCUGUCCAAUUCCUUAGCUUAUUUGCUUUAACUGUACUACAGUUAUAUAGCAGGAUAAGGAUCCAAUCUUGUGAUGCCUCUCCAUUUGCACCAUCGUCAAAAGUUGCACAUGAGUUGAUUCAGACUUUCAGAAUUCAUAGAACACCUAGAGUUAUUUUAUUUCCACAAAUAUCACCAUGUUUUGCUAUUGAUGUAAUGCUAUAUUCCUUGACUGAAAUCAAACCCUUUAGUUGCUACUGUGGUGCUUUUAUUAUUGUUAUAUUCCAGAAAGUUGCAGUUUA